AAACUAUUAUGUAUACACUCUGAGCAUAAGGUAUACAUGCAUACAGUUCCGCUUUCCACCUGAAUUACGCUCCAUGAAGUCAGUCAUAAAAUUGGGCGAAAUUGUUGUGAUUGAUUACGUGCACAGACGUAUCUGAGCUAGGACACUUGGGAUCUAUAAUCCAGAAAUGAGCUCACGCAAAUGGCAUAAAAAGUGUUUUGUACCUGGAUGUUCGUCAAAUAGCUUUGACCAGCCUUUGAAAGCAUUCAUUAAAUUGCCACAGGGAACUGCUGUCCGAAAACAAUGGGCCGAAGCAGUCGGUAGAACAGGCAAAGAUGUUUACUUCAAUCAUGUAUCCAGUGUCUAUUGUUGUGGAGAUCAUUUUAACCUAGAAGAGGAUGCUGAAAACUGGUUGAAGUAUAGGAUAAUGGGGACAAGUAUUAAACUGAAAGCUGGGGUGUUGCCACGCAUCUCAGACACCGGUGAUAAAAAUACUUCAUUACUAGAUGCACCGUGCAAAGCUGAAAAAUUAGAUAAGGAAUACUACAGAUUGAUGGCGAGUGAGUCACCUGGCCACAGAGAUAGUGGAACCAUUAUUAGUACUGAAACCAGGGAUGAUUAUAAUAUUGACAUUAAAGAUGAACCACUUUCAAGGAUUGUUAAGAAUGAACCAAGAGAGCCUUCCCAAGAAAAAGUAUUUGGAGAAGCGUUAACUGGAGAUAAACUUGAAUUGCCUCCAGUUAUUGUGAAAACUGAACCAAAUGAUAUUUCUUUAGCGAAAAUAUUGACGGUAGAAGAACAUAGUAGAAGCUAUGAAAACGUAAUACCAAAAAACAAAACCCUCAGCCACAAAGAUAUUCAAUGUAAUAUAAGCAUCCGGAAGCACAUGCGUAGCAAGGCUACACAGGUUGAUAUGAACAUAUUGAUGUGCUCACGAGGGACUUCUCCCAUUAUAUUCAAACAGAAAAAAUAAUUAAAUUAAUCUCUAACUUGUGGGAACGAGUGAGAAAUGAGAAAAGUGAUGUAAACAAUGUUGCAGUUUUCAGGAAAAGGAGAAGAGCAUUUGACUGAAAAAUAUCACUCAAUACAAAAAUUGAUUGUCGGUGCAAAUCAUUAUAGAGAUAUAAGGAGUUGAACUGCUAACUGGAAGAGUGAUGCAAGGUGCAUUUAUCAACUUAUUCAAAGAAGUUAAAGAGUAAAAUAUUGUAUCGCAUUCAAGUACAAACUAAUAUUACAAAAUUUGUCCAGUACGACUUUUUUAUAGAUUUUACACCCUUUUACGCUAUACUCUAUUCGUACAACAUCUCAGCAGGCGACUAUAAUUAUACAGCUAGUAAAAAUUGCGGUGUUAUUUUAAGAAAACUGCCAAACUGCCAGAAUGCUGUCACGAAACAUCGUGCGAUAUGGGGGUUCUUAAUAUUUGUAUAAUUGUAAAAAAUGCAUAGAGUAUACCUUAUUAUUAUUUACUAUUAUUAUUAUCCAUUGUUUACCCAACGUAUGGUCUAGGGUGUUCCUUAAUUUGGUCAUUUCUGAAUUUAUUCUAUCUCACCCGAAAAAUAUGUUCAUAUUCUAGAACAAAAAAUUUCUACCGAGUUUGCGCCUUUUCCGAUAAAGUUAACAUGUGGCACCGAGCGAUUGGAAAUUUAAAUGCUAAUUACAUCGGUUUUUUCGAUGUUUUUUGAUUUUAUUUUUUUCAAUAUUUAACAU